UUCUUCAUUUCCUCGUCAUUCUAACCUUCCCUUUCGGUUGAUCUUCAAGGUGUUGGAGAGAAUGGCGCAGAGAUCAGAAACCAAGAGAGACCAAAGUCCAGUUGAUAUUCGUCCUGACAUGAGUGAUCUCAGGAUUGUCCUGGUGGGGAGGAACGCUCCAGAAAACAACCGAGUGGGAGACUUGAUCUUAAAAAAACAAGUGUUUGGAAAGAAAACACCACAACCUGAUGUGGAGACGUUCAGUGAAAGAGUUGAGAGAAGAAACAUCACAGUCAUCAACACAACUCACCUGCUCAACCCACAACCCAUACUACAAACCGUGAUAGAUGAAGUGUCAGAGUGUUGUCAUCCAGAAGCUCAUGUGAUCAUACUGGUGCUGCAGCACAAUGAUUUUAGUCAGAAGCACAGAGAUAUAUUACCUGCUGUGUUGAGCUGCUUUGGAGAACAUGCAAUGAAGCGUACAGUGAUUCUGACUACUGAUGAUGAGACAUGUGACGAUGAACUAAAAUCUGUAAAAGAAAAUACAUUUAUUCAAGAAUUAUCUACAGAAUGUGGAGGAGGACAUCUUCAGCUUCAAAACACAGAACGCUCUCAAAUACUUCAAAAAGUGGAUGAAAUAAUCACUUGCAGUGGUUUUGAGGACACAAAGCAGGCCUCAUCGCUGGAUGAAGAAGACAAAACCAAGAGAGACCAAAGUCCAGUUGAUAUUCGUCCUGACAUGAGUGAUCUCAGGAUUGUCCUGGUGGGAAACAAUGCAACAGAAAACAACCGAGUGGGAGACUUGAUCUUAAAUAAACAAGUGUUUGGAAAGAAAACACCACAACCUGAUGUGGAGACGUUCAGUGAAAGAGUGGAGAGAAGAAACAUCACAGUCAUCAACACAACUCACCUGCUCAACCCACAACCCAUACUACAAACCGUGAUAGAUAAAGUGUCAGAGUGUUCUCAUCCAGAAGCUCAUGUGAUCAUACUGGUGCUGCAGCACAAUGAUUUUAGUCAGAAGCACAGAGAUAUAUUACCUGCUGUGUUGAGCUGCUUUGGAGAACAUGCAAUGAAGCGCACAAUGAUUCUGACUACUGAUGAUGAGACAUGUGACGAUGAACUAAAAUCUGUAAAAGAAAAUACAUUUAUUCAAGAAUUAUCUACAGAAUGUGGAGGAGGACAUCUACAGCUUCAAAACACAGAACGCUCUCAAAUACUUCAAAAAGUGGAUGAAAUUAUCACUCGCAGUGGUUUUGAGGACACAAAGCAGGCCUCAUCGCUGGAUGAAGAAGACAAGCCAGAUGUUUAUCACAGAUCUGGAAAACAAAAACUGAUCUUGGUGAUGUGUGGAUUUGAUGCAGAACUGCAAUACUCCAUGUCAAAACUUUUACUGGGGACAAACACACCUAUAUCAGUACAAGAUGAGUACAGCUUGGUGUGUCUGACGAAAGAGAAGAAGAUUCAUGGACGUCAGAUCACUCUUGUGACGCUUCCCGUUCUCAGUCGUCUCUCAGAGGAAGAAGCGAUGCAUCAGACUCUCCGCUGUGUGUCUCUCUGUCAUCCUGGAGUUCAUGCCUUCAUCAUAACUGUUCCUGUUGGUCCACUGACUGAUGAAAGCAAAGAAGAAAUAGAAAAGAUUCAGAAGUUAUUUGACUGUAGAGAGCAUUUUAUACUGCUCUUCACAACAGAGCACAAUGUUAAAGCACCAAUGACAGAUUUCGUCAAAUCCACUCCAGAAUGUCAGAGGUUAAUCAGUCUCUGUGGAGGUCAGUACAGAGUGAUGGGAUUGAAGGAGCCUAAAAGCUCAAGACAGAUCCCAGAUCUACUGGAUUAUAUAGAGAACAUGAACACUGAACCAUAUUCACUUCAGAUGCAUGUGAAAGCUCAAGAGAACAGAGUCAGAUGUGAACUUAAGAAAGAACUGAGUGAUCUGGAGAGCAAAAUCAAAGAGUUAGAGGAGAAACUUCAGUCGGAGGGUACUAAAGAAGUAUUGAAUGAUCAGCGGUGUCUGAGGAUUGUGCUACUUGGGAGGACAGGAAGUGGAAAGAGUGCAACAGGAAACACUAUUCUGGGAAAAGAUACGUUUGUGAGUCAAGCAAGCAUAGAUUCAGUGACGACUGACUGUAAGAAAGGAGUUGGUGAAGUUGAUGGUCGAUCAGUGGCUGUUGUUGAUACUCCAGGACUCUAUGACACAACACUGAAAAAUGAACAAGUGGUGGAAGAAAUAGUGAAAUGUGUUUCGCUCUUGUCACCUGGACCUCAUGCGUUUGUCAUUGUGUUGAGUGUGGGAAGAUUCACCAAGGAAGAAACAGACACUGUGGAUCUGAUUAAGAAGGUCUUUGGUCAUAAAGCUGCUCAGUUCAGCAUCGUCCUGUUCACUGGAGGAGACAAGCUGAAAAAUAAGUCCAUAAAUGAAUAUGUCAGUGAAACUAAAAAUGCUGAAUUCAGGAAGCUGAUCAGUGAUUGUGGAAACAGAUUCCUGGUUUUUAAUAACACAGAAAAACAAGAAAGAACUCAAGUGAUUCAACUGUUAAACAUGAUAGAAGAGGUGAGAAAUAGUAGUCAGGGUAGAUAUUUCAUUAACAGCAUGUUUGAGGAAGCAGAGAUGUCCAUUAAAAAGAGAAUGGAGCAAAUACUGAAAGAGAGAGAGAGAGAAAUUCAGAAGCAGAAAGAAGAGUUACAAGCCAAAUAUGAGAUGGACAUAAAUAACAUGACGAAGAGACUCGAGGAAGAGAAACAAAGAGCAGAUGAGGAGAAAAUACAAAGAGAAAAUGAGUUCAGACUGAACAAGGAAAAUCUCAUUAAAGAGUUUAAAGAGAAAGAAAAAACAGAAAAGAAGAAAAGAGAGAUUGAAAACCAGAAACGAUCAAAAGAGGAAAAACGACGAAGAGCUGAAUAUCUUCAUAAAAUAGAAGAGAUGAAGAGAGAGAUUGAAAAUCAGAAAUCACAGUAUGAAAAACAGCAGAAAGAAAGAGAAGAAGAAGAUAGAAAGAAAGAAGAGAAAUACAGACAAGAUCUAGAAAAGAUGAAACAUGAACAAGAACGUAUUAUAGCAGAGUUUCAGAGGAAACAAGAAGAAGAAACUAAGAAGAGAGAAUCUGAGGAAAGAAAGAGGAUUGAACAAGAAGAGAAAGAGAGAGAGGAAUGGAGAAGAAGAAUAAAAGAGGCUGAGAAUGAUAGAAAAGAGACUCAAGAGGAAAUUCAACGACAGCAGAGAGAAUGGGAGGAUGAAAAGAAACGGCAGAUGAGAGAACGAGAGGAAGAAGAAAGAAAGAGAAAAGAGAAACAUGAGGAACAACUGAAAGAAAAACAAAAAGAACUGGAGAAAAUGAGAAAGAGUUUUGAAAAAGAGAGGGAAAAAGAAAGACAAAAGAUAGAGGAGGAGAUACAGAAACAGAGAAUAGAAAGAGAAGAAAAAGUGAGAGAAUAUGAAGAAAUGAAAACUGAAAUGGAAAGACAUAAAAGAAUGGAACGAAAGAGAAAACGAGAAGAUGAUGAGAAACAAAAAGAAGAGAGAAAAAGAUGGAAGAAAAUUAUUGAGGAUCUGAUACAAGAACAAGAACAAGACAAAAAGAGAAGAGAAAAGGUGGAGAAGAAGAGAAAAGAAAGAGAAGAGAAAAAGCUAGAUGAAAUGAAACAGAAACAUGAAGAGGAAAUGAGAGAGAUGAAUAAGAAACGUGAAGAUGAAGCCAGAAAACAAGCAGAAGAACUGAAUGAUUUCAGAGAGAAAAAAGAGAAGCACGUUCAGGAGCUUCAGCAGAUGCUGGAAGAUCAUCAGAAACAACGUGAAGUACUGGAGAAACUCUACCAACUCCUGAAAAAUCAGAAAGGAGAUGAAAUAAAAGAGCUGCAAAAACAAGUUGAAGAGCUGAAGAAUAAAUCGGGAGGAUGUGUGAUUCAGUGAAAAUAUAUAAUGAAAAUCAUAUAUGAAAAAGUUAAGAAUCAAAUAAGAUUAUAUGUGUGUGACAGGGUUCAGAUAAGUAAGGAGGAAAGGGUCGGCUUGACUAAAACUGUGUUUUAUUUUUAAUAAAGCAAAAGAAUAUACAAAAUGUCACACUCACGGCACUCUCAAAACACACAAGGACACAGGGUCGCCAUGAUUUUGCCAAGACAGACAUGUUCCUGGAUCAACAUUAUUGUCCAAAAAUAUAGACUAAACCCAAUCCCUACCCCUAAACCUAACCUUACCCAUCAUUUAUUCCUAAACUCAGUGGGAAAUAAUAGCUGAUUAACAAGGGUGUAGAAGCACCUAACUCUGGUCGAAGCCUAAAACAGAUAUUUUCUCAAAAGUUAGAUCUCAAUUCUGAUUGAUUUGAAUGUUGCUCCAGGAUCAACAAGGAUGUUGAUCCAGGAACAUGCUGUACUUGGUGAAAUCAUACUCACAGCUCUCCAGAGCAUUCAGCUUCCAGCUCAGUACACAGUUCACAGUCACCACUCUGUCUCUCCCCUCUCUGUCUUCCUCAGCUUUAUUGUACUUGAUCAGUGCUUGAAGUGGGUCAGUACACACUGGUGCGCAGUACCAGCACUUCUAUAUUUUAGUCUUUACAUUACCUGUACUUUUUUCAUGCAUAACACAACUUCUGACAUGUUGCCGGUACUCAGAGUAAAAUCAUCUGUGUCUUGGUAAUUAGAAAGGACACUAUAUAAAUCACACUACCUAUGUGUCUACCAAAUGUUGACUGUAUUAAAUAGAAUUAAAGGCAUUGUAAAUAACAAUGUGUAAUUAAUAGUAUUUGUAUUUAUUGUAAUGCAUUGGUGACGGUUGUUAUUCUCAACCAGAGAAGAAACUCAUGUUAAUAAUUCUGAUCGCCUAUUGGAUGGAUUUUGUUCCUCUGAUCAGGAUUUUUACUGCCAAAACCCGUCACCUGAAGCCCCACAAACACAUUUCUUGUCAUCUUGCUGUAAGAACAAUAAAAAUGAAGAAUGCUGUGAAUGAAGAAAGAGAAAAGUGUGUUUCUGAAGAUGUUGAUGUUCAGCUAAAUUUUCAGGUAAAAUGAACACAAGCUCAUGCUGCAUUAAGAUGAAUUAAAUCUGAAUCAGAUCACGUUCAUAUGAACACAUAACUCAUGGUCAAUAUAACGGAGCACAUUAAGAUUGUUGUAGGAUUGUUUUUGAUGGUGAAAAAAAAAGCAGCUGAACCAGUUCUCAGCCCAGAAGUGGAAGUAAAAGUCAAAGGAAAAGGAAAAGCAUUGUUUACAUGUGUGUAAGAGGGAAAGAUUUACCAAACAGACUGAAUUAUCAUGAGACAGCAAUCCUGUAACGGAAGAGGAAAAUAAAUAAAAUAAAUCUUACUUAAA